AACAAACUCUAUUCCUCUUCAAAAUGAAAUAUCUUUACUCCAAAUUGCACUAUCUCUUAGUAGACAAUCCAACGAUAUCCCAAUUCCAAUGGCGUCAAGGCGAAACCUUCGCUUCCUCCCUCGGUUUCCUCAACAUCGCAUUCGUCUCCUACCUUUCACUGACCUUCUUCCUUCGCCGUCUCUCAGUCCCUCCAAUCCCAUCAUCAAUCCUCAAACCAAUAUCCGCCGUCCAUAACAUAAUCCUCCUACUAAUCUCCUUAACAAUGGUUAUCGGUGUAACACUCUCAACAAUCUCCCAAAUGCCAAAUUUUAAAUGGACGGUUUGUUUCCCAAUAUCUCAACCAACAAAAGGUCCAGUCUUUUUUUGGGCUUACAUAUUUUACCUAUCGAAAUUCCUCGAAUUCAUCGACACGUUGCUGAUAAUACUCGCCGGGAGUAACCGACGUUUGUCAUUCCUCCACGUUUAUCAUCAUGCUGUCGUGAUAUUCAUGUGUUAUCAGUGGGUGUCGAAACCGCAAUCUAUGUUUCCUAUUGGUGUCGCCACCAAUGCUUCUGUGCAUGUUUUGAUGUACUGCUAUUAUUUUGCAUGUGCGAUCGGACGACAACCGAAAUGGAAGAAGGCUGUUACGAAUUGUCAGAUUGUGCAGUUUGUAUUUGGGUUCUUGCUUUCGACGGUCAUGAUUUAUUAUCAUUUUACCGGGUCGGGUUGUUCUGGGAUUUGGCAAUGGUGCUUUAAUGCGGUUUUUAAUGCGACACUCCUUGCUAUGUUCGUUGAUUUUCAUUCCAACAAGAAUAAUUAUGUGAUUAAAGAUAAACGGACCUGAUUAAUAAACCAAUUAUAUAGAAUAUAGAUUCGAUUGUAGGGAAUCAGAAUCCCAUUUUAUUUUCUCUUUUUUUUUUCACUAUGAGGAGUGGAGUUAAAAAGAUGAAAAAGCUAUUUGUAGUAAUAUUUAUUUUAAGAAAUAAUAUAAUAUAAUUUCUAUUCCUUUUA